AUGGCUUCCGCUGGCUACGUGCAAAUCACGUUGAUCUGGGUUGUCUAUGCCAUUGCGGUCGCUAUCCUACUUUCCAUCGCCUGUCUGUUCGUCUACCUGUACCAGACCCAUCGAGAACGAUCAAUCUUUGUCACCGUUGUGUGCAUCUUUACCAUCACCUCCCUUCUAGCAACGGUGCUGUUGCUGCCCGUCGACGUCGCCCUGGUCUCAAGCACAGCGAGCUCCAAGACGGGACAGCGCAAGGACUGGGCGAACCAAGACAAGGUCGACAACAUCACCUACACGCUGCGCAUCGUCUAUUAUUUGCUCUACUCGCUCGAUGCUCUCCUCUGUCUCUUGGUAAUCCCUUUUACCUACUUCUGGUACGAAGAGUACGAUGAGGUCGCUCAAGAGGAGGGUACUCAGACGUUCGGGUCCAGGUUCUGGGGAGCCUUCAAGUACACGAUGGUCCUCAUCUUCCUGUGUGUCGCCCUGUUCCUGGUCGGCUUCUUCGUGCCGGUCGCUCGUCACAGGGAGGGUGCGCAUUUUGACCUGGACUUUUUCAAGAAAUUGCUGUCUGAGAACCACGGCGAGCGUGCAUUGACAUUUGCACUGGGGUUGCUGAUCACAAUCGGGGUCAUCCUGUAUUGCUUUUACACCGCGGCAGGUCUCGCCCUACUGCCUUUGACCAUGAUCAAAUCCGCACCGAGCAUCUCUGCGCCAGCAUUGUCUGAGUCGACGGCUGCCCAGCUUGAUAGCAAUUUGGAACGGCAGAGACAGCUUGAAGGACGCGCGCAGGGCAACCCAGAUGGUCUGUCCUCCAAAGACCAGAGGGAGCUCGAUGCUCUAGUCCGGGAAGAACGUACUCUGCGGCGUCAUCAGCGCAUGGCUGAAGAAGCUUCGGGCAAGGACCAAAAUGUCUUCUGGAAGAUCUGGUUCAAGAUUGGCGCAAUCCUUCGACCCAUCAAGCUCAUUCUCGGUCUCCUGUUGAUGGUAGUUGUCUUGGUCAUCUUCGCUAGCAUGCUGAUCACGGGCAUUGACAAGGCAAAGAACUCAAUCUGCAAGCGGCACUGUGGCUAUCUGCUCGCCCAUAUCAAUAUCUUCCAGCCGAUCAACUGGGUUCUGGUCAAGUCCGCCAAGGUUUUCCCGAUCGACUAUGUCAUCUUCAUGGCAAUAGUCAUGCUCUUCUUCAGCGCCAGUAUUCUGGGAAUAGCGACAAUCGGCAUCCGAGUUCUGUGGAUAACCAUCUUCAGAAUCCGCAAGGCCCAUACCUCGCCGCAGGCAUUGCUUGUGGCCACGGUUCUGCUCACGCUCAUGACACUAGCCAUCAACUACUCAAUCGCUAUGAUGGUGGCGCCACAAUACGCAACCUUCGGUCCCCAAACGUUUUGCGAUCACCCGCCCCGGCAUCCUGGGGAACAGCCUGACUGCACCGAUCACAAGCAGCACAUCAUCCCCUGCACAGAGUCAACUGAUAAUCCGGCCGCACGGAACGUCUGCACCCCCUCCGUGGUCUCGACAUUCCUAAACCGCGUGACUGUCAACUUCCCAUUCUUCGGCGUGGUCGACUUCUGGGCUCAGUUCGUCUUCUUGGGAAUUUUCCUGCUCGGCUUCGUCAUUCUCCUGUUCCGGACUCCUAAGUUGUCGGACCCUGACGCAGAGGAGGACGAACUCGAAGAGGAAGAGGAAGGGCUCCUAGCCAGCACCGGCAGGAGAUUCGACGCUACGUGGCAAGAUAUUACAGGGAGAGUAAGUCAUGGCGGGAGGCAGAAUCAGCAAGGUCGAGGAACGAGGGAUGGGAAUGCCGACUGA